AAAUGCGUGCGUUUAUUGUGUUAUGCCUUUUGGCUAUUGCUAGUGCUCAAUCUGGAUAUAACUAUCAAAAAGGAGUAGGAGCAGGAAGUCAUGGGGGAAAUGGACAAAUAGGCGGUUUUGGUGGCAUCGGCUCAGGAGGUGGUUUUGGUGGCAGCGGCUCAAGCAACGGCUUUGGUGGCAAAGGCUCAGGAAGCGGUAGCGGUGGAGCUUUUAAUCAUGGCUCAGGAUCCGACACAGCUCCCUUCUUUGAUGUUUUGCAUUCUGAUUCUUCCCUUGGAGAUUCUGGAUCCUCUGGACCUUCAUUUGGUGCUUCCAGUUCCAGCCCUGUAUUUUCAAAAUCAGCAUCUAAUCCAAGCUUUGGUGCUUCUAGUUCCAGUCCUUCAUUUUCGGGAUCUGGUUCCUCACGUCCAGGAUUUGGUUCAGCAUCUGGUCCCUCUUCGGGCUCUUCUGACGACCUACAAGGAUCAUCCUCAUUUGACGCUGGCGAAGCUGAGGGUCCUGUGGAAAAACAAUUCAUUACCUAUACCGCUGAAGACCAAGAUUUCGUUGAUCCACAGGCCACCGAACAAUUUGCCAAUUCGGUUAAACAAGGACUCCGUGUGGUCUUCAUCAAGGGCCCCGAUAACAGUGGUUUGGAAAAUGCUGCCAUUGCUUUGGCCAAACAAGCUUCAGACCAACAGACCGAUGUCUAUGUUCUCAACAAGCAAGCUGAUCUCGCUGCCUUGGCCAAUAAGUUGAACGCUGAAAACAGCAAUUCCAACAACAAACCCGAUGUGCACUUUGUCAAAUAUCGCACCCCCGAAGAUGCUGCCAACGCUCAGAAGACCAUCCAAGCUGAAUAUGAUGCUUUGGGUGGAAAAUCCGAGCAUAUUGAUGGUGGUGUUGCUUCGUCACUGAACUUUGCCUCUCAAGCUCCGGUAGCUUCUGCUGGUCAGCGUGGAUCUUUUGGUGCUGCUACAAGUCCCAGCUAUCUUCCUGCAUCGAUUUUCCGUCGUUAUCGUUUUUAA